AUGAAUUUCGGCGCCGAUCUCCCGGAUGAUAUUGCGCCCAGCGAGGAUCUCCUGCGGUUGCGGCCGUACUUUAAGCUCAGCGUCUAUGGUUUGGCUUUGGUGGCCAUGUGCGAGCUGGCUUGCGGCAUGUACAGCGCGGCGCUGAUCGACAUUGCCACUCUGGUGCCGGGGUUCUUGGUGCUGUCCCAGGACGUGGGGCAGCUGGUGCGGAACCUGGUGCCUGUGUCCCUGCUGGCCUCUUUGAAUCUCCUCUGGCAGGUCAUGAUGCUCUGCGGGCUUCUUUCAAAGCCCCCGGGCCCUGCCUACUUCUUCAAGAGCGAGUGCCUGGUGCCGGGUGAAGAGCAUGGGGAGCCGAUCAACUUGUGCAGCUUCUCCACCUUGGUGGGCCACCUGGCGCUCUGCAGCAGCGUGGUGCUGCAGAUGCUCUGCGCGCGGUACACCUGGCGCAUGGCCAAGUCAAUGCGUUUCGUAGGAUUUCACCCCGGCGGCGCCUCGUUUUGGGUCGACGGCGCCAGAGCAUGGACUUCGAGUCCGGGCUGCUGGAAGUCGAAGCGCCCGGACUUGGACGGGCGCGGCCGCCCGGAAGGAAAGAAGGCGGAGCUCAGGGCGGAUUUGAGCUGGGCGCUUUUUCCCAGCAGCCUGCACUUGCAGUACAAAGGAGGCGGAGGGGUGCGAGAGAUUUUGCAGAUGCUGAAGCGCAGUGAGGGCUUCCAAGUACUUGGCGUCAGUUACUUUGGGAACGAGCACGUUACAAGUCCAAUGGACUGCAAUGUCUACAAGCCGCUCUGGGAGGAGCUCUUUCAGGAGAUCCGCCGGAAAUGCGACCGCGCCGUGUUCUUCAUGGGCGGCUACUCGCUAAGGUACGGCUAUGGACGCGUCUACGACGACAAUUUGGGCACCAUCCGCGCGUGGAUCGCUGCUGCGGGCCUCGCGGUGCGCACCGACUUCGAGAAGGUGCGCGACUGGCCCCUGGGCGACGCGCUGCAUUUCGCCGCGUCGGUCAAGGAGGAGGUGGUGAGGUACUGGCGCGACCUGCUGCUGACUGCUCCUCCCAUCCAGGGAGCCACGCCCAGCGUCCAGAAGCCGCCGCCGCCGCCAUCGGCGACGACAAGUUUAGUGCCGGCGGCGACAAGUCGGCGGUGGGGCCGAAGGGCGCCGGCGAAGCCGGAAACGCGCGUGGUAUACCAGGAGGAGCAGGUCUGGGAUCCGAUCAUGAACGAAUACUUUACGGUCCUCUUGGAGGUUCCAGAGAUCGUGCCUCCACACCCUGAGGACAUUGUAGAGGAAGUGGCGGAGGGAUUUGCAGAGGGCAAAUUCGGCGACAUUUUGUUGAAGCUGGAAGCCGUGAAGCACAGCAUCGGCUCGGAGGGGCUGACCCCGAUGGGGCAGUUCAUCUUGCACAGAGAGCUGUGCCUGACGUGCGUGGCCAAAGAGAGCCCUGCGCCCAACGCAGCCGAGGAGGCUUUUGCGAGGUACAUGCAGCUCGUGACACAGCGUAUGCCGUGUCUCAUUCAGCAGGCGCGACAUCUUUUGAAGCAGCGACAAGUGCUGGUAGACCAGCCCUGCUCGCGGCCACGGCCCGCGGCAUCCGGCGAGGAUCAAAACGGUCCUGCGGAGUUCCAGCCAAGCCGGCGCUGGGCACGGUGA